AGUUUUGAUAUAAGCCAAGCCCUCGUGCUUCGUUCUCACAGUCUUCAACCGGCAAUCGAGCGAAAUACAUCGCAGCGACUCCCAAGCGAAUUCUCUCCACGAGGCAGAAAGACAGUUUUUGUUACUUUAUUUCCUGAAUCUUCUAAUUCUAAACGAAGAUGCCUGAAGAAGUUAAAAUGGAAACCGAGGCCGAAACCUUCGCCUUCCAGGCUGAGAUUGCUCAGCUCAUGAGCUUGAUCAUCAGCACCUUCUACUCGAACAAGGAAAUCUUCUUGCGAGAGUUGAUCUCCAACUCUUCAGAUGCCCUAGACAAGAUCCGUUAUGAAUCCCUUAUUGAUCCAUCCAAAUUGGACAGUGGGAAGGAACUUGAGAUUAGGAUCAUUCCAAACAAAAAUGAUCGUACUCUCACCCUCAUUGACACUGGUAAUGGUAUGACCAAGGCUGAUUUGGUUAACAACUUGGGUACCAUUGCCAAGUCUGGAACUAAAGCAUUCAUGGAAGCUCUCCAAGCUGGUGCCGAUAUCUCCAUGAUUGGUCAGUUUGGUGUGGGUUUCUACUCUGCUUACUUGGUUGCAGACAAGGUCACAGUUCAUUCCAAGCACAAUGAUGAUGAGCAGUAUGUCUGGGAGUCCUCUGCUGGUGGUUCUUUCAGCAUCAAACCUGACCAUGGAGAACCCAUGGGAAGAGGCACAAAGAUUGUCUUGCACUUGAAGGAAGACCAGAUGGACUAUUUGGAGAAGAAAGUCAAGGAAGUCGUGAAGAAACAUCAAUUCAUUGGCUGCCCAAUUAAGCUUUUGGUCGAGAAGGAGCGCGACAAGGAAGUCAGCGACGAUGAGGCUGAGGAGGAGGAGAAGAAGGACGAGAACGAAGAGGAGAAACCCAAAGGAGAGGAUGUUGGCGAGGAUGAGGAAGCCGACAAGAAAGCUACCGACAAGAAAAAGAAAAAGACCAUUAAGGAGAAGUACUCUGUCGAUGAAGAACUCAACAAAACCAAGCCCAUCUGGACUCGUAAUCCCGAUGACAUCAGCCAAGAUGAAUACGGAGAGUUCUACAAAUCGUUGACCAACGACUGGGAAGACCACCUUGCCGUCAAGCAUUUCUCCAUUGAGGGUCAGCUCGAGUUCCGUGCCCUUCUUUUCGUUCCUCGCCGUGCCCCCUUCGAUCUGUUUGAGAACCGCAAGCAGAAGAACCACAUCAAGCUGUACGUCCGCCGUGUCUUCAUCAUGGACAACUGCGAGGAACUCAUUCCCGAGUACCUCAACUUCAUGAAGGGAGUCGUCGAUUCUGAGGAUCUUCCUCUCAACAUUUCCCGUGAAAUGCUCCAACAAAACAAGAUUCUUAAGGUCAUCCGUAAGAACUUGGUCAAGAAAUGCAUGGAACUGUUUGAGGAGCUCGCCGAGGACAAGGAGAACUUCAAGAAAUUCUACGAACAAUUCAGCAAGAACUUGAAGUUGGGAGUACAUGAAGAUUCUACCAACCGCAAGAAGAUUGCCGAUCUCAUCCGCUACCACACAUCGGCCUCCGGCGAUGAGCAGGUUUCCUUCAAGGAAUACGUUUCACGCAUGAAGGAGAACCAGAAGCACAUCUACUACAUCACUGGUGAGAACAAGGAUCAAGUCAGCAACUCGGCUUUCGUUGAGCGUGUCAAGAAGCGCGGAUUCGAGGUCAUCUACAUGACUGAGCCCAUCGAUGAGUACGUCGUCCAGCAGCUGAAGGAAUAUGACGGCAAGCAGCUCGUCUCCGUCACUAAGGAAGGUUUGGAGCUACCCGAAGAUGAUGCCGAAGUCAAGAAACGCGAGAGCGACAAGGCCAAGUACGAGGGACUCUGCAAGAUCAUGAAGGAUAUCUUGGACAAGAAGGUUGAAAAGGUCGUCGUCUCCAACCGCUUGGUCGAGUCUCCCUGCUGUAUCGUCACCUCUCAGUACGGCUGGACCGCCAACAUGGAACGUAUCAUGAAGGCUCAGGCUCUGAGGGAUACUUCCACUAUGGGUUACAUGGCAGCCAAGAAGCAUUUGGAAAUCAACCCCGAUCAUCCCAUUGUCGAAUCGCUUCGCGUCAAGGCUGAGGCUGAUAAGAACGACAAAGCCGUCAAGGACUUGGUCAUGCUUCUCUUCGAGACCUCUCUCUUGUCAUCUGGUUUCUCCCUGGAGGAGCCCGCCGUCCAUGCUUCUCGCAUCUACAGAAUGAUCAAACUCGGCUUGGGUAUCGAUGAAGAUGAUGUGCCCGCUGCCGGUGAGGAAGUCAAGGCUGAAGAGGAGAUGCCGCCCUUGGAGAACGACGAAGAAGAUGCUUCCCGUAUGGAAGAGGUCGAUUAAAUACGUGUGAUCAAGUUUUAACCCAUCAACAAGUUUCUCUCAGCCACGGUUCAUAAUUCAGCAUCAUCUUGCGAACUGGAAUGAGGGCGUUCAUCUGUAAAACUAGUCUUAUUGUCUAAUAUUACGGCUUCAUUUCAUUACGUUGUCCACUCAUUCCUGGUAUUGUAUAACUACGUGCUAAGUAUUGGAACUUCAAUACAAAUAAUCGCGGUUUGCUAUGAAA